UAACUCCCAUGCAUUAAAACACUUCUCGUCGAAAAUAGUACUGUACUACAUAAAAUCAAAUCUUCAAUGCGGAAUUUUUCUCAGAGACGAAACCCUAGAACACCAAAAACCCAGAAAAUGGCGGAAGAAGAAGAAGUAGAAGUCAGAACUGAGUCUGAAAACAGCGAGAGUUCAAGCUCAGACGACCCAAAAACCCCAGAAAACAAAACCACAGAGUACGAGAAACAGAGGGAAUUAGUGAUCGCGCGGAAUAAGGCCAGAAUGGAAUCAAUGGGAUUGCAGAAAAUAGCGAAAUCUUUGAUGAAUUUAGGUCACAAAGAGGGGAAAAAGAGAAAAUCGCAACAUAAAUCCAUAAAAAGCAAAAAAGAUGACGAAUAUGAACCUGAUAAUGAUGAUGAAGAACAAAAAGAUGAUAGUAGUGAAGCAACUUUGGAUAAUUCAAGUGAAGAAUUUGAACAGGAGAAGAAGAAAAAGAAGAUUACAAAUGCCAGAAAUUCUAAGUCUCAUUCAAAAAAGGUAGUGAAUAGGAAAUUGAGGUCUGAUAAGCAAGUAUCUUUGCAGAAGUUUCCAGACGUCACAGAUCUUAUGAGUGAAGAUGAAGCUUUGAAGCAGGCUAUGGCUCUUUCUUUAAAAGAUAUCAGAGACACCUCAUUCGUGCAGCAGCAUGAUGGGUUAUCUCAGGGCUCAAACGAGCUAGCUGCUAGCAGUAAUGGCAAGGGCUGUGAUCGCUCUCAGAAAGAUGAUACAAGGAGGAAGAAGAAAUCUUUUAAGAGUCGUAUGCAAAUGACUGAGGAUGACCUGGUUGUGAACUUCUGUCAGUUUGAUGAGGUUGGGAAAGGGAGCAUAACAUUCCGAGAUGUGCAACGGAUGGCUGCUUCUCAUGAUUUUACCUGGACGGACAAGGAGUUGGCUGAUAUGAUUCGCUGUUUUGAUAGUAAUAGGGAUGGCAAGCUUACUCUGGAUGAUUUUCGGAACAUUGUUGUACGGUGCAACAUUUUACAAGUCCCAGAAUAUUCUUGAUAGACUUCAUUAAGGUUUUGAUUGAAUUUCCAACUGUUUUUUUUUGGGGGGUUUUCAAAGAGAGAGAGAAAGAAGAAGGAGAGGGACAGGGAAGACGUGGAGCAGUGUUAAGACUGUCGACUAUUCUAUGUGUUCAUUCAAAGUAGUGGAUCCCACUUUUCAUCAUCAUACAAGUUACAAAUUGGUAAAUUUACAUGUUUUUUAGGAAAAAAAAAAAUAUUCCAUCCGUUCCAAUUUAGUUACUACAUUUUGAUAGUAGACAUUAUUCACGUCAUAAUUUUGACUAUCUUUUAUUCCAUAUACAUCAAGUUGUUUGAUUUACAACUUUUUUGGGUUUUUUUCUAGUAUAGUUUUACUUGGUGGAAUGAUUAAAUUAACUGUUGAUUGAAUAGUUUAGUUGUACUGUAUGUAAGAAAGGUAGGGUUUCUAUUACCAACGGUAAGUAAGUGAUUCAACGUUGGUUCUUGGGAGUGAUUAUGUCUUGAUUUAUGGGAUUGAUGAAAUUAAUAGCUGGAUUGUUUUAUAAGACAUCAUUAGGUGGUCAAAAUGAGCUAUAGGAAGUAAAAUCAUAUAGGAAAUUAUUGUCGUGAGUGGUUUGAAUUAUAAUUCUAUUUUUUUUAAGCGUUAUUGAUUAUUGUUUAAUUCGGAAUAGUCUUUGGAUUUAUAUUUAGGAAAUUUGUUCUUAAAGAAGUUCUGUAUAGCUUAUAGUUUGUUGAAUGGGUGAAAUAAGAAGGUGCCGAUAGCUCAAAGAAGAGUGGAAGAACAAUAAUAUUUUUGAAUUAAAGAAUUUUCCUUUAAAUGUUUAUUUGAUUAUAAGUGAUAAAGAAAUAUUUUAAGCGUAUACUAUAACAGUAACUAUUUAGAAUUGGUGUCGAUAAAAUAAAACCUAGCCUCCCCUCUCCUUUUCUCUCUCUAAAACCCUAGCCUCCCUUACCCCUUCUUCAUCAAUUAGGGGGUUGCCAUGGAUGUUUUUCAUCCAUGGUAAGCCCCUUUUUCCCUUUUAUUUUCAGUUUUUAGUUCAUUUUCUUGUUUUGUUCAAUAAAUUCGUAUCUCUUUAUGAGAUUUUUUCAAACCUUUUUAUGGGGUUUUUAGUUUCUGUUUUGGAAAUCUCCUUCUCCCCUAUGGGAGUUGUGAGUAUUUCUUUUGUUUUUAGGUAUGAGAAAUUAUUCUCAUUGGUUGAAGUUCGAGAUUCAACCUGAAGAAUUAGGGUUUCACAACUUCUGUAAAAUUAUGGAAGACUAUUGGAGUACGUUCAUCCCAAAAUUUCCGCAUCUGCAGAUCGUAUGCCGAACCAGAGCGAACUCACAGAUUGCAUUGCUUCAGAUGAAGAUUUUUAUUAAGGCAAAAUUGAGUCAAAUCUGCGAUGUUUACAUUUCUAGGGUGCUAUGUAUUUCUAUUAGAAUUUUAUGUUUUUCAGAAAUGACUUGUAAGUGCCGUUUGGCGAAAUAUUAAUGAAAUCCCUUUUCUUUCUUUCAAAAAAAAAAAAUAA